GCCCGGAGGCGGGAGCCCGACGCCGCGAGCCGCCGAGGCCCAGCCGCCGGGCGCCGCGGGCCGGUCCCUGCCGAGGCCCCCGAGGAGCAUCUCCCCGGCGGGAGUCGCCCGGCGCGGGGACGGUGCGGCCGCACCGCGUGGGGCGGAGGACGAGGAGGAAGCGGCGCCGCCGGCCCGCCCGGCGGCCGAGAGGAAGCGCUCCACCCGGGCCCCCGACGGCGCUCGUUCAACCACAUCCGCGCCUCCGCUGGGGACGCGUACAGGCGCCUGUCACCGGUCCCUCCAUCUUGAAAGGGAAAAAGGCUCUGCGCUUCCCCUCGUCGUAGGAGCUGGAGCCGGAGGAGCCGCGCUCAUGGCGUUCAGCCCGUGGCAGAUCCUGUCCCCUGUGCAGUGGGCGAGGUGGACCUGGUCCGCGGUGCGCGGCGGGGGCGCCGGGGAGGACGAGGCCGGAGGGCCCGAGGGCGACCCCGAGGAGGAGGACUCGCAAGCUGAGACCAAAUCCCUGAGUUUCAGCUCGGAUUCUGAAGGUAAUUUUGAGACCCCUGAAGCUGAAACGCCCAUCAGAUCACCCCUCAAGGAAUCCUGUGAUUCAUCGCUAGCACUGGCCGGACCUGGGGCCAAAACCCAAGAAUCACAGGAAGUUGAUGAACAGCUGGUAGCAGAAGUGGUUGAAAAAUGUCCGUCGGAGACUCGUUCUAGACCUCCAGAAAAUGAAGCAUCGCAGAAGGCUAUCGAUGCUCACCCAGUCAAGGAGUUCAGGGAAGAAAUCGAGUAUGAUACUAGCAAAAUUUCAGUAGUGAGGCCCUUUUCAGUAGAAACCAAGAAUUCCACGGAUAUCCCUGCAGAUCGUGGAAGCAAAGCCGCCCAUGGCCGCGUGACUGCGGUCGCCGGCGAGGCUCUGGCCCCCGGCGCCGCAGGGUCCGCCCGGGACAAGGCGAUGACCGAAGGCGCCACGGGGGCUGCCCUGGAGGCGUCCCCAGAGGCGGAGCCGAAGGCCGGGGGCGCCUGUCCCGAGCCUGCGCCCGGCAGGAGCAAGCUUAGAAGGCCCAGGCCCGUCUCGCUGCGGAAGAGGACAGUCGGCGACCUCUCGGAAGGGGAGGCGCCGCCGGCGGGCACACCUCUGACGCAGGCCCCGCGUCCGCUCGCACGUGGUGCGGUGGGUGGGCGCACAGCGCCCCCCUCACCGGGAGGGCGCGGGACCCAGGAACCUGCCGCCGGCGGAGAGGGAAUGCCCAGGGCGCCCGGCCACGACAUCGGCGGCCCCGGGGCCGAGCUGCUGGAGGAGGCCCGGGGCUCUCCUCUGCAGCUGGAGUUUGAUUUCACAGAAGACGUGGAAAAUGCAGAUCCCAGGAAAGGCCUUCCAAGGAAACUGGGCAGCCGACCGACUCCCAAGGCACAGAAAGAGGGCGUCAGUGAGCCGGGAGGCGCCAAGGCUGCGGAGCAGCUUCCAGAGCCAGCUGCGGGCCAGGCCCCUGUCGCCCAAGCAUCUUCUCAGCUGGGUCCCAACCAGAGGGAGGACCCCACCUUCAGCCCCCUCGGGGGCCACCCCACUCUGCAGAACCCCCCUCCCCUCUCCUCCAAGGGCCCCUACCACUUUGACGGAUCCCUGGCUCCCUUUAAACCAACCACAACGUUAACAAGCGGUGACUUCUGUUCCCCUGUUGGUAGUCACGUUAAUGAGAUCUUAGAAUCACCCAAGAAGGCCAAGUCGCGUUUAAUAACGACUACUGAACAAGUGAAAUUUCUCUGUUUUCUGUUGAGUGGCUGUAAGGUGAAGAACUAUGAAACAGAGUCUCUUGCUUUGGAUGGGUGUUCUCAGGAUGAUGGAGCAGUGAUCUCCCAGAUUUCAGAUCUUUCUAAUAGGGAUGGCCAUGCUACUGAUGAGGAGAAACUGGCGUCCACUUCAUCUGGUCAGAAAUCAGCUGGGGCCGAGGUGAAAGGUGAGCCAGAAGAAGACCUGGAGUACUUUGAAUGUUCCAAUGUUCCUGUGUCUACCAUAAAUCAUGCGUUUACAUCCUCAGAUGCAGGCAUAGAGAAGGAGACGUUCCAGAAGAUGGACACGGAUGGAUCCACCAGGCCAGGCCUGAUGGAGUCUCCUCUGGAGAAGGCCCCAGGGUCCGUGGCCUGUGGUGGUGAGAGCUCCCUGGAUGGCAUCUGCCUCAGUGAGUCAGAUAAGACAGCCGUGCUCACCCUGAUAAGAGAAGAGAUAAUCACUAAAGAGAUUGAAGCAAAUGAAUGGAAGAAAAAAUAUGAAGAAACCCGACAGGAAGUCUUGGAGAUGAGGAAAAUUGUGGCUGAAUAUGAAAAGACCAUUGCCCAAAUGAUCGAAGAUGAACAGAGGACAAGUAUGACCUCUCAGAAAAGCUUCCAGCAGCUGACCAUGGAGAAGGAGCAGGCCCUGGCCGACCUUAAUUCUGUGGAAAGGUCCCUCUCUGAUCUCUUCAGGAGAUACGAGAACCUGAAAGGUGUUCUGGAAGGGUUCAAGAAGAAUGAAGAAGCUUUGAAAAAAUGUGCUCAGGAUUACUUAGCCAGAGUUAAACAAGAGGAACAGCGAUAUCAGGCCCUGAAAAUCCACGCGGAGGAAAAACUAGACAAAGCCAAUGAGGAGAUUGCUCAGGUUCGAACAAAAGCAAAGGCCGAGAGUGCAGCCCUCCACGCUGGACUCCGGAAAGAGCAGAUGAGGGUGGAGUCCCUGGAACGGGCCCUGCAGCAGAAGAACCAAGAAAUUGAAGAACUGACAAAAAUCUGUGAUGAGCUGAUUGCCAAGCUGGGAAAGACCGACUGAGUUCUCCACAUGCGCUCAGCAGAUCUGCGUUUGGCUGCUUCUCUUGUGACCAUAGUUAUCUUGCCUUAUCCAGGAGUAAUUGCCCCUUUGCAGAGAAAAAAAGAAAAACUUAAAAAAGCACAUGCCUACUGCUGCCUGUCCGCUUUGCUGCCGUGGACGGUCAGGAGGAGCCCUGGAGUGCAGCACGGUGGGGGAAGUGGCUUCCGAGAGGCCCGGUCUUUGCCCAGCCCCCUGCAAGCUGGGUUUGUGAUCCCUCCAUCUAUAGUUUGUUCUAAUGUUAUCUUUACUUUUCUAAAUGUGUGAAAUUCGUGAUUUUGUGGCUCCUAUUUGGAAUCAUUUGCCUACCACCAGUCUUAAUUUUUUUUUUUUUUGGUGACCUAUUUAUUUCACCUUAAUUUUCAGGAUUAGAGGUUUUAUUUGAGGAGAUAAUUUGACUUACUGUUAUUUGCAGUUUAUGAACAAGAAGGGAUUCUGAGUAACCAUUUACACACACACACACACACACACACACACACACACACAUACACACACACAUUUACAUAUGCUGCUGGUUUUCCCCUGAAGCAUAGUGGAAUAAGAACUCUACAGAUGAGCAUAUUUCUGUAAAUGUAAGACCUGAUUUUGAAAUAGAGGCCUGGCUCUUUGUGCCAGCUUCAGAAUUCAGGGGACGGAAGAUGCAAUGAUGCCAGGUCUCACCUCGCGUCCUGUCGGCCUGCUGUUUGCACCCUCCUGGGCCUCCUCCUCCCUCAGAUCUGGGUUCUGGUGAGUCUGCUCUGGAGCCAUUUGGUCUCCUCUGCUUCCAUUUGUUGCUACAAAAUCAAUGUUUACUUUUUAUUAUCUUUUGUUUUUAUUUGAAAUACACAAAGAAAGUCUGCUUGUAAAAGGUUUAGAUCGUCUUAAUCAAAAGGUAACCGUAACCCCAGUAGCAAUUAUAAAGUGAAGAAACAGGUUUUGUUUACAAAUGUGAUGCAUUGUUCUGCAGAUUUUUUUUAAAGGCAAAAAAUCCUUUUAAAGUUAAGAUAGUAGAAUUUUUAACAAAAUGGGCAGUAAAAGAUCAUGUGAGCCACUCCAAAAGUCAGCACAUUUUGAAUAUUUUUAAACAGAGACCAUUUGAGUCCUGGAGGAGGGGUGCGCAGGGGGCAAUUCAUGCGCACAGAACUAAAUCCCUCAGCUCUUCCUGGACUCAGUUCAGCAUGGUGGGGCCACUAGCCCCACAGGGGAAGUUUUCCUUGAAAUGCUAGUGAGUUCCUUCCCAUUCUAUAGGCCAAACCAAAUCCACGUAAGGGUUUUAAGCACCCUUCUGUCUUAAUCGUUCACCCUGAAAGUCUUCACAGUGGUUUGCACUAUAUUCAGUGCAUGUUUAGUUUUCGUACUUUCCUUGUAAAACUCUUGCAUGAUCCAACUUCAGCAAUGAAUUGUGCCUAGUGGAGAACUUCUAUAGAUCUUUAAAAAUGAAUUUUUCUUUAUCAAUAUACUAUUCACAGGGGUGCAAUCUUUAGCCCCAGGGUGGUCAAUGAUGUCUUUUAAAGCCAGAAGUCACGUUUUACCAAUAUGCAUUUAUCAUAAUUGGUGCUUAGGCUGUAUUUUAAGGCCUAUUGUCUUAACAUUUUGUAAAAAAAGAACAACAGGAAUGCUCUGUGGUUGGAGAAGUGACUUGACAAUCAUUUGGGCUUUGGAAGUGGUCACUGAGGCCUGCUCAUUGUGAGGGCUGUGCCCUGGUUGCGCUGUGUCCGUGGAGUACUGGUGUCUCCGGGUGGUACCUGGGUCCCUUCCAGAUCCAUUCUGCUACUGGGGAUGUUAACUUUGCAUUUACAGAAAAAUAUUGCUAAACCUUUUUGCUGCUGGGCUGUGGUGACAUCCAUGUUUACUUGUUUUAUAUUGAUCUGUUUGAUGCAUGAAAGCUUAUAGUGGUCUCCAUUAUAAAUCCAUAGCCCUCUCUUGAGGCUCCUCAUGUAUUAAAAGCAGCUCUGUGUUAAAACUGAGGUGACGACAAUCCUUCCCUAGCGCACUGGUAGAAGAGACCCCUGAAAAACCGGACCCUGCUGAAUGCAGUUUCUAAUGAGGAAUGCAGACUGGCCUGUGUGAAGGAACGUCCGUUUGCCCCGGGCCUCCCAGCCUUAACUGUCACAGGGAAACGUGCUUUCUUCUAAUUUAAUGAUGGAUACUCUCAACAAAAAUAAAAAUACAGCUUUUACAAACUGGCCAAUCAAGAGAAUAUGCUGGGUGAAAUGAAGAAUGUUUAUUUUUCUUUAAAAAUAAGUCCCCCAAAAUCUUUUAAAGAUCUAGAGAGUAAGAAUAUAGCUUUGCUUCACAGUGCACGAAGGCCGGGUUGCUUGUUCGUUAGGCAAUAAUAAACCCUGUCAGAGAAGUGAAGAGGGGGAUGAAGUGAGGCUGCAGCCCGGGUGGUGGUUUGGGAACCUGGGGUGAUCGUGUAGAGACUCUGUCUGGGUCCAGGGCCAUGGCUUCAGGUUUUCACUUCACCAAGCUGUAGAUAGAUGGUCUACCUAAAAGCAUUUUAAUUGGAGAAUUUAACGUAGGACAGGCUGAACAUUUUGUCACUCGGUUGGCUGGUCAGUUACAGUCAGACCUCCCAAGACUUACUAUAUUUGGAGAAGCUCCUGGAAGCCAGUGACCCGCCCAAACCUUUUGUUCUGUAAAACUGUUCUGGAAAUCCUGAGAAGCCUCAUUUUCUCACAUGGUCUUAGCUUCUUCAGACCAGCCCAAAUUAGGAAGUGCAGAAGCACAUGAUGCUGAGAAGCUCUGAGGACCUGGCCACCUUCCAGAACGAUAGGGAAUCUAAGGGGAAGUUUGCGCUUCGUGUCGGAAGACAGCCCACAUUGGAUUUUCUUUCCAGCCAGUUCCCCUUUCUACCUGCCCCACACCUUGUGCAGUGCCCACGCCAGUGCUCCGGUGUUUAUUGGACAGCCCUUCAUGAAGGGGCACUGUUCAUAAAUGGGGAGCACACGCUGCCCCAGGUGUUCCUGGGCUGACUAGCAGCAGCCAGAAUGGAGCACUCAUUUUAAAUAAAGGCAACAGAGGGCCUAGUGGUGGCUCUAAAGCUCAAAGUGGAGUUUGUAAAGAGCAGGCACUGUAAAGUCUUAUGUACACUAGUUAGAAUGAUUCAGCACGUCCUUUUUUUAGUAGCGUAGAAGCUGGAAAGCUCCCUUUUUAUUUCCUUUUGGUUUUUCCCUAUAGUUGGUAGGCAUCUCGUGAAUUGCACACCACCGCUGUCUCUUCUCUGUAGUUUUGUGACCUCAUGAGCUCACUCUUGCACUCGGGUUUCCUGCUACUUGUUGGGAAGAGAGAAACUAGGUGUUGAAAGAUGAAAUGAUUUAGGCAGAGGAAUUUAAAGUAAAGAUGUAUAUAUUCUGAAGAAUUUAAAAGAUGGCAGAUUAUUAUGUACUUAUUAAAGAACAAAUACAGUCUGGGAAUCCCAGAAUAUCAAGCCAAAGGUCUAAGAAGUCACCUUUUUCAAAGAUUUUAAGAAAGAGGUAUUGUGUGGAGACUUCUGUCCAAAAGGGUUUAACUGGCCUCUGAAUCCUGGUUAUUUUAAAAAAGCAGUUUCUCUCUCAAACCGUGAAUCUCCCAUAGAGUAAAGGUGAUGGGAGUGACAGAUGAGACCCUCCUCUCUAAGGCUCUCCUCUGGAAGGUGAUGUAAACGGCAGCAUUUCCAGUGAAGACCUGCCCCCGCCAGUGCCAGAGCUGGCAUUCUGGAGACUAAAGAUUGCACUUUUCAUAGUUCUUUGUCCAAAGGCAACCCCAUUUCUGUGCCUCUCACUGUCAGCAUGCAGUUAGAUUUGGACAAACACGAUUCCUAAGGAAUGACUUUCUUAACUGCAGUAUGGUUACCGCUGUUCCAUAUAUAUACAUAUUCUGGUUAUAGUUCUAAUACAGAGAUGUCGGCGUGUGAUGCUGGCCCGUGGCAGUCCGUUAAACACUUUAACUCAUUUGGAGGGGGACUGGCAUGGAGCUGAGGUGUGGCCUGGACCUUCCCUGUAUUGAUCCCUCAUUUUAGAACUGUGAGGAUGCCACGUGCCUCCCCUCUGCCUUUUAGUGGCGUCUCACAUAUACUCCAAAGUACUUCCUGGUCACGCUGGUCACUGACAGCCUGUAUUUAGGUGCCAUUUUCAUGUGGACAUAUGAAAACCUGAACUCUGACCCCCUCUCCCGGCAGUGCAGACAGGGCGGUCCUUCAGUCACCACACCCACAGCCCCAGCCUCGUCCUCACCCGGUGGGACAGGAUCCAGGCAUUCCUUUUAAAUCUCAGAGGUAGCAGUAAACUUCUCAGUGUUGCUGUUAGCAAGUGUAUGUUUGCCAAUAGAUACCAUUUGUACUGACGUGCCAAUAAGUUAAAUGUUCCUUGCACAUCUGCCUCCACUGUCCCCACAGGCGCCAUGAAGUGUGUGAGGAGCCUCCCAUCAGGAGGACUGAAGGCUGCAUUGACUACUGUCAGGAUUGUGUUGUGUGGAAAAUCAUCUACAUAAAUUUUAUAUGCAUAGUAAUUGCCCUUUUAUAUGUCAAGUAAAUAUUUGUAAGAGUUAUACUCACACAAAUGAAAUUAUUAUAAUGAUUACUAAUAUAUUUUUUCCAUGUUUCAUUGCCUGAAUAAAAAACUGUUUACUGCUCUUA